AUGUUUGCUAUCGUUAUCAUUGUUGUCCUAUUCUUCUCGGCUUUUAGCGUCCAAUUGCCUUGGAGUAUAACAUCAACUUGUCGAGAACCAUCAUCAUUAAUAACUUUUGAUGAUAUAAAAAAUAUAAAUGCAUCAGGAAUUCCGAUACCAAAUGGUUACGGUGGUUUAAAUUGGGGAAAUGGUAUGGCUUUGAAUGGUUUAAACUCUAGUUCUGGUACUGGAUAUACAACGGGUGUUGUCAGUCCUCCAAAUCUUGCCUAUGAUACAUUUGGUAAUGAUAUAGUUAUUACAAAUGCAACUACAAAGACAUUUACAAUAAACUCAUUUUAUUCAUGUGCAGUCUGGUAUGAUAACAUUACACUGGAAAUGACCGGUACAAGAGAAGGUACUACUUUGUAUACAAAAUCAGUACAAUUAUUUAUGCAAAACACAACCUUUAUUGAACUGAAUUGGUCUGACAUCGAUACUAUAAAUUUAAAUUCAGUUUGUUUUUGGUGUUGUGGUGCGAAACAUUUUACAAUGGAUAAUUUAUGUGUUACACUCUAA